GACUCGGACAAGUUGGGGGCUUCUAGAGCUUCCUCUCCCCAAACUCAACAUUCAACGCCUACUCAUGUUCAGGUAAUGUUUUCUUCGUUUCCCAGCAUUCUUUUCCUCUGGCCAUGGCUUAUUAGGGUUUAACCAUUUCCAUACAAGGAGGAACAGAAAAGGCUCUAGUCUCUCUGCACCCCCAUGUUGAUUUCCCCAAUCUUUCGAUUCAUUUCGUUAUCCAUUCACUCCCAAACCCCUAAAAUUUUCGCUUCUUAUUUUACCACUUUCUCUGUUGCAGAGAAAUUGUAUGCUCGCCUAAACAUAAACGAAGGCAACAUAGAAAAAUCCCUGGCCUCUUUGAAUGUGAGAUUGGAUUCUACUUCUGUCAAGGAGGUCUUACGUAGAUGUCAUCCAAAUCAAUUUCAAAUGGGUCUCAGGUUUUUCAUAUGGGCUGGCCUUCAGUCGGAUUAUAGGCAUAGUUCAUAUAUCUAUAGCGAAGCUUGUCGAUUAUUUAAAAUUAACAGACACCCAGAAAUCGUUAGGGAUGUUAUUGAGGCAUAUAAGGCUGAUGGGUGUCUGGUUAGCGUGAAGAUAAUUAAGGUUGUUUUGAAUUUGUGCAAACAAGCUCGGAUAGCUGAUGAGGCUUUGUGGGUACUGAGGAAAAUGCCUGAAUUCAAUUUGCUUGCAGAUAGUACUGUAUAUAAUGUGGUUAUCAGGCUGUUCAUUGAGAAGGGUGAUAUGUAUAUGGCUGACAAGCUGAUGAGGGAAAUGGGUUUGAUUGAUCUUUAUCCUGAUGUAGUCACCUAUAUAUCAAUGAUCAAAGGCUUUUGCAAUGUGGCUAAAUUGGAAGAUGCUAGUAGGUUGUUGAAUGUUAUGAGGGAACAUGGCUGUGUGCCCAAUGUUGUGGCAUAUUCCACUCUUCUUGAGGGGACUUUUAGGUUUGGUAAUAUGGAGACGGCGAUGGAGUUGUUAUCAGAGAUGGAGAAAGAAGGUGGAGAGUGUAGUCCAAAUGUUGUCACAUAUACUUCUGUGAUUCAAACUCUUUGCGAGAGGGGGAGAACAAUAGAGGCAUUGGCAGUCUUGGAUAGAAUGCAAGCUCAACAGUGUAGUCCAAAUCGUGUUACAGUUAGCACUCUGAUGAAGGGGCUUUGUGCAGAGGGGCAGGUGAAGGAGGCUUACAGAUUGAUCAAUAAAGUUGUUGCUGGAGGUGGUGUUUCAAAAAGUGAAUGCUAUAGUUCUCUUGUGCUGUCUUUGAUAAGUAUCAAAAGGUUUGAGGAGGCAGAGAAGCUGUUUAAAGAGAUGUUAGCUACUGGGUUAAAACCUGAUAGUGUGGCUUGUAGCCUUAUGGUCAAGCAACUUUGUUCCGAGGGACGGAUGCUUGAUGCAUUCUGCUUAUAUGAAGACAUUGAGAGGAUGGAAGGCUUAUUAGCCAUUGACUCUGAUAUUUAUUCUAUUCUGUUAGUAGGCCUUUAUCAACAGAACCAUUAUGUGGAAGCUACAAAGUUUGCAAAAUUAAUGCUAGAAAGAAGAGUUAGUCUGAAAGCUCCUUAUGUUGAUAAACUAUUUGGACAUCUGGGACAAUCUGGAGACAAGGAACUAGUUCUCCAUCUAACAAGAAUUUGAAAUUGUCAUAAUCUACAAUAGACUGUUCAGAUGUUGGGUAAUGCUCAAUGCCACAUGUGAUGCUUAACAGCAGCACCACUUACGUGCAAAGUUAGAAACUUUCUGGAUUGAAUAAAACAUGCCCUGUAUAUCCACUCAUUGAAAUUUCUUUGAUUCUUUUUUUUUUAAAUAAACAAUUUCUUUGAUUCUUAAUGCCUGCGGACAACAAACUCUUCUUUCUUUUGUUAUUGAAGUAUGCAACUCGGAUUAAAUGGUGGUUUUUUUCACCGGCUGAUUUAUAUGAAAUACAGUAACCCAUGCUCCAACGAAGCGGGUAUCUUCA